AUCAAUCCGACGACGAUGCUGGUAGAUUACGCGAGUUCAGAUUCCGACAAAGAGGAAAUUUAUGUACCGAAGUUACCUACAAUAUUUCAACCGAAGUCGCCGAAUGAUAAUCCAUCAGAACAUCAAGGAAGAGUACGAUCGCAACCAUUUAGGGAAGGUGUUUAUUAUACACAUGUUCAUUUAAGCAUACCAUUGGAUUACAAAUUCAAAAAGUUAUUAGAAGAAAUAUACAAUGAUUUUAAGGGAAAGUAUAAUAACAUACAUCCGUUAUUCAAUCCAGAUGAAGAUAUAGAUGAUGACGACGAGUAUUUCUAUAUAAGUUUGAGUAGACCGCUGGGAUUACGUAAUUUUCAAAUCAAACCAUUCAAUAAAGCAAUAGAGAGUAUAACUAAUAACCAUAAAGCUAUCACGGUUUCAUUCAGCGACAUAGAUGUCUUGUUUAACGAUAAUAAAACUCGCGCAUUCAUCGUCUUACCAAUUGUAGCAGGGUACCAAGAUCUGAAUAAACUUCUCAGGGAUAUAGAUAAUGGACCAGUACGCGAAAAUAAGCAAGAACCUUACUACGAUCCGGCUGUUCUCCACACGUCAAUUGCGUGGAUGUUGACAACCGAGGAAGGCUUUAGUGAAGAUGACUUGCGAGAAACUACUAGGGCGUUUACUGAAAAAUACACCAGAAAGCUGCGUCUCCUUGGUGCUUUCGAAAGCACAAAAGUUAAUGUCAAGGUAUCUAAACAAGUAUACACUCAUGCAUUGUCAAAUUGAACUAAAUUAUUAUACGGAUGAAAAUAAUGAGACAUCAUUGAAACAUCACUUGAUUUUCCUGGUUCCAUCAAAGUUUCUAGUAGACGAGACGAGAAACGUUGAUGCUUAACUUAUUUUAAAGCAUAUAUGCAAGGACUUUAUCACACCUCUUGUAUCUAGC